AUGUACUUGGUCGACACGUCUAAUGCAACUUGUUCUAAAGCUUUUCUGACAACGUUGGCCAAGGCUGCGAUGAAGUGGUUCGACAAUCUACCACCAAGAUUAGUAACCCGCUUCGACGACCUUGCAAGAGGACAAAAAUACCCUCCAUCACUACUGGCACCUUUACCUCCACCAGCACCAGCACCAGCACCUCCACCACCAAGAAUAACAAUAUCAAUGAAAUCAACACAAAUUCAACAACUAAAUCAACACAAGCAGAAGCAGAAAGCAGAAACUGAAGCAGAAACAGAUGCAGAAGCUCAAGCACAAAGCCAAAUCAACACAAGAAGAAAGCAAAAAUUGAAGCAGAAACAGAUGCAAAAGCUCAAGCAGAAGCACAAGUUCAACAAGAAGCAGAAGCAUAAACUCAAGCAGAAGAUCAAGUAA